CAUUUGUGUUUGUGAUGUUUCAGAUUGGCCUCUUGGGAGAAGCUAAAUCAGGCCAAACUCUGACAAGCACAUCAAGUUUAGGCAAUGGAAGAACCCCAAUUACGGAAGUGUGAUGGGAGUGAAAAGCAAAUUGAUGGGAUGGUUCUGGAACUAAAAUCUCAAGGCAUUUUCGACCAAUUCAGAAAAGAGUGCUUCUCUGAUGUCGAUACAAAGCCUGCAUACCAGAAUCUCCAGUCACGAUUGGAAGCUUCUGUUGAUGGCUUCCUGAGAGGACAGAUCUGGUCACCAGACCUCAACAAGAAUCAGCUUCGUGAUUCUCUCCGGAAACAUAUCCUUGACUCUUCAUGGAUGGCUGCUGGCAUAGAAAGGAUUGUGGAGCAGGUGGUGAAUCCCAAGAUCUCCAGUGUCUUUCUGCCUCGCAUUGAAGAAAUGGUGUAUUCAUAUUUUGGUGUGGAGAAACCAAGACCUGAAUUUGAAGAAGCUACACCUAAUCCCAGGCUCCAGAGGAGAGAGCCAGCAGCUCCAGAGAAAAUAGAAGUGAAAGAAGAAAAAAUACCUGAUAUGGAGAAAGUGAUGUCUGAUGCAGAUUAUGUGCUGUCAACACAGGAAGGCAUUAUUUCCCCAUCAGAAGGCAACCAAAGAAUUUCUGAAAAAGAUCAAAGUUCAAGUGGAAAAUCAUCCCAGAGAGAGACAGAUAUGGAUUGGACAUCAGGAAGCUCAGAUGCUGUCUUCACAGAGGAAGAUCUGACUAGGACUUGCAUAGAAACCUCUGUGGAAGGGACCAGCAAGGAGGACCCUGACAGAUGCACACCCCUAAGUGGUGCUGGAUUUCAGGGCUCCUCAGAAACUGAAGGAAAUGACACUAGUUCAUCUGCUGAGGUGGGAAGUGUACAGAAAAUACCCAAGAGCCUUGAGUCUACUAGCAGGAGUAAUGUCACUACAGAAUCCAAAGAUCAAGUUAAAGUUGAGACCAUUAAAGAGGGUCAUGAUCAGUGUAAAGAGGAAGAUGAUGAUGGGGAGAAGUUUGCCUCCUUUGAGAGUCUGAAGCACUUCAAAAUCCCAAAGAAGGUCAAGUCAGGUACAGAAGAUACUAAAUUGAGUCAGGGGUCAAAGAAGCAAGACAAGAAGAAAGAGUCUGCUGAAGAUGAUCAUUAUCAGCACAAGAGUGGCAGCUCCUCGCACAAGGGAGACAAACCUGACAAAGAUCCUUCAGGAGGGAACUCAUCAUUCCCUACUGGGCAGAAAGGUCAAAAGAAAGGAGACUCACACUCUUCCUCAAGGACUUCCUCAUCCAGCAAGGGUAACUCAAGUAGUGGAAAAAACUCUAAUUCAAAGAAGUCUUCCUCAAAAAGUUAUAGCCGCAUCCUGGAAGGUCUCCUUCCGAAGGAGAAUGUGUGUCAGGUUCUUGAUUCAUUGCUUCAACAUGAAGACAAUAUCUCUGUGAGCUCUGUAGACUCUUCUGACUUGUCUGAUUUAGAGGAUCCUUAUGAUCCUUUU